UAGUAUGAGCCGGUCUACAACGGUACAGUACGAGUUUUAUACAGCCUUGAAUUACUCCCCUUGAGAAAAAGCUCUUCAAGAAGGAGAAUAGAAGCUAUCGAAAAUGAUGCAACCUCAGAUCAUCUUGUUGAAGGAGGGGACAGACUCAUCACAGGGAGUCCCACAGAUAGUAAGCAAUAUAAAUGCUUGUGGUGCAAUUGCAGAUGCUGUUAGGACCACUCUCGGCCCUAGGGGCAUGGACAAACUCAUGGUUGAUGAUAAAGGAAAAGCAACCAUAUCAAAUGAUGGUGCUACCAUUAUGAAGACACUAGAUAUUGUUCAUCCAGCAGCAAAAACACUAGUAGAUAUUGCAAAGUCACAAGAUGCUGAAGUUGGAGAUGGAACAACAUCAGUGGUAUUAUUGGCUGGAGAAUUCCUGAAACAAGCUAAACCUUACAUAGAGGAGGCAGUUCAUCCACAAGUUAUCAUCAAGGCAUUCAGAAGGGCAGCUGCAUUGGCUGUUGAGAAGGUGAAGGAGCUUGCUGUACAAAUUAAAAGGAGUAACCCUGAGGAUCAGAGACAGAUGUUGUUGAAAUGUGCAUCUACAUCUCUCAGUUCCAAGCUUGUUGCCCAUCAGAAAGAAUUCUUUUCAAAAAUGGUUGUAGAUGCAGUUCUGAUGUUGGAUGAGUUACUCCCCUUGAACAUGAUCGGAGUGAAAAAGAUCACAGGUGGCGCUCUUGAAGAUUCCAGGCUAGUAGAUGGUGUAGCUUUCAAGAAAACAUUCAGUUAUGCAGGUUUUGAAAUGCAGCCAAAGGAAUACGAGAAUCCUAAAAUAGCAUUGCUUAAUGUUGAGCUGGAGUUGAAGGCAGAGAAGGAAAAUGCGGAAAUUAGAGUUGAUAAUGUUAAGGAAUAUCAAGCAAUAGUAGAUGCAGAAUGGAAAAUCUUAUACGAUAAAUUAGAUAAGAUUCACAAGAGUGGAGCAAAAGUUGUUCUGUCCAAGUUGCCUAUAGGAGAUGUAGCGACACAAUAUUUUGCUGACAGAGAUAUGUUCUGUGCAGGCCGUGUUGUAGAUGAAGAUUUAAAGAGAACAAUGAAAGCAUGUGGUGGUUCUAUACAAACCUCAGUUGGCAAUCUCGUAGACAGUGUCCUAGGUUCUUGUGCAAAAUUUGAAGAAAUACAAGUGGGUGGGGAACGUUAUAAUUUGUUUACUGGUUGUCCACAAGCAAGAACCUGUACAUUGCUGUUGCGUGGUGGUGCCGAACAAUUUAUUGAAGAAACAGAAAGAUCUCUACAUGAUGCCAUCAUGAUUGUAAGACGAGCCAUGAAAAAUGAUUCUGUUGUAGCAGGUGGUGGAGCUGUAGAAAUGGAACUUAGUAAACAUUUACGAGAUUGUUCACGCACUAUAGCGGGUAAAGAACAGUUACUGAUUGGAGCUAUGGCUAAGGCAUUUGAGAUUAUUCCUCGACAGUUGUGUGACAAUGCUGGUUUCGAUGCUACCAAUAUCCUCAAUAAACUGCGACAGAGUCAUGCUCAAGGUGGAAAAUGGUAUGGAGUUGAUGUUCUGAAUGAAGAUAUAGCUGACAAUUUUGAAGCAUUUGUAUGGGAACCAUCAGUUGUUAAGAUCAACGCUAUCACUGCCGCUGCGGAGGCCACCUGUCUUAUAUUGUCUGUUGAUGAAACAAUAAAAAAUCCACAAGCAGGGGGCGAAGGCGGGCCACCAGGAGGAAUGGGACGUGGUCGAGGGCGACCAAUGUAGACUAAAACAAUUUAUAUAAAUAGAGCCUCAGUGUGAUUGUUAUAUAUGUGCUGUUUUUGAGGAUAUUAUUUAUUUCUCAUCCUGGAGUACUUGUGCUGGAGAUUUUUACUUGAGGAUGCCAUGGCGGCUAUGCAUAGGUUCAAGUCAAACUCCCCAUUGAUUAUAUCACAUGGAACAUAGCUGUAAUGUUCCUUUAUCUGGUAAAACGAAGGUCUAAAAUUUCUUGAAUCUGUUUUGAAGCCGUGUUCAGCAUAUGAAAAUAAAUGGUACCGUAAAGUCAUCUACACCUUGGUGUAAAACUAUUUUAUUAGCUUCCUUAUCAAUCCAGAAAUGUAUACUGUUCUAUUUUUUUGUCUCACAUGUUUAGUAAAAUUUCAUUAGGUCUGGCAAAGAAAUGGAAAUUUACAAUAAGCAUAUUGGAAAUUGAUUGGUAGGUCUGGUAAAGACUAGCCAUCCUUGUUGAAUAUGUUCUGUGCUGUCAGCAACAAAUAUUUUUCAAUGAAAACUAAUACAAUGUACAUGGGAAAGAAAAUUGACAAAAACAACUAUUUUGGUCACAUAGUAUAUCAUUACAUUUUCAUACAAAUAGGUAUUGAACAUACAUAAAUGCAUUACUUGAAAUUUAUGAAUUUUCAUUUAUGUGUUCAUAAAAUUUUGUGUUGCAGAAAUGUGGAGUUCUGUGCAGAAGUCUAUCCAUUACAUAUGAUAAACAUAAUGUCAUCCUGUGAUAAUACAUCCAUUAAAAUAAAUUUAUACUGCCAUAGUAUCAAAAUAUUAAGUAUGUAAAACUGUUGCAAUAGAAGCCUAUCUGAAUUUGUGGAAAAAGACAACAAUGAUCACUUCCUAUUUUUGUCAUAACUUUUCCAGUCUCCUUAAGAAAUUCAAAGAAAUCUUGAAAAUAGGUAUUAUUUCAGUGUAUUACAGAAUUGAGUUGUAUGUUUUGUUUGCAGCAGUUUUACAUCUAAGGCACAGCUGAAUGUUUGUAAUUUUUGUACAUGCUUCAUUUUAAUGGUCUUCUUCUACUAAAAUAAAUUGAUGAAACUUGCACAA